AUGAUUGUUAAUAGAGCGUACCUUUACUUUGCAUUUAAAAUAAAAGAUGCUAUUUUUAUAGGAGAUUUUAAUUCGCCUCAUGAAAAAGAUUUUCUCAUUACCAAUAAAAUAACAACAAUCAUUAAUUGUGCUCAAGGGUAGAUAAGAACAAUAACUCACCCUUUUCCUCUUAAAAUCAUAGAGUUCAAUUGGAAAGAUUCAGAUGAUUAAAUAAUUUUGGAUGAAAAGGAUGAAAAUAUAAAUAAAAUAUAUGAUGCAAUAUAUGAAACUGUUGAUAAAGGAGAGAGUGUUUUAGUUUGCUCGAUGCGAGGACAAAGUAGAGCUUUGACUCUCAUAUCGGCAUUUUUUAUGAAAAGGUAUAAAUGGACUCUAUAUAAAACUCUAGAAUUUAUGAAUUCUAAAAGAUCUGACUUUGAGAUUAGGGCUAAUUUUCUAAAAUAGCUUGUUAAUUUUGAAAAAAGACUAUUUGGGGAUGAUCUUAGUUAGUGUUCAAGGACUUGGAAAGAUGAUAACAAUCAAGAACCAGAAGCAGAAAUGAUGAAAAACACAUUCUUAAAUUCACAAAAGCAAAUUCCAUUUCCUGAAGUUUAAAAAUAAAAAACUCUGAGCAAUUCAAUGCAAAAAUCAAUUCAAAAAAUCUGUUGGAGUACAGAAAUAGCUUAAGAAAUGAAAGAAGACUAAAAUAUUAAGAAUGAAAAUAAAUUAAAUUAAUAAUUACAAAAUAAAAAGCCUAUCUUGAAGAAUAAAGCUGAGAGAAAUGCCUAUCUUUCAUAAAUAGAAGAAAUAGGAGUAGAUAAUAAAGAUUUAAAAGAAAAAGAUCCAAAUUUGGCAUAAUUGGAGCAAUAUAAAAACGAAUUUUUAACAAACUCACUCCUUAAAUCAGAAAGCAAAACUUAUGAACAAAUAUAUAAAAGGGAUAUGAUGAACUUAUCUCGUGAGUCUCCUAUCCACCUAAGGAAGAAGACUACAGAUUUAUCACUGCCAAAUUUUUAAGUGAUUGAUUGCAAAUAAAAAAUAAAUAUGAACGAAUAAAAUCAAUAAAAUAAUAAUACUGGAAAUAAUCAUUUAGAUCUAAAUUAAAAGAAUUAAGACUUUAUUUAAGUAAACAAACAAGAGAAAAAUAUGGAUCAGUAAAUGAGAGAGUCUAAAUUUUUGAAAGACUAGCCAUUUUAAGGACAACAAAAUAAUGCUCUUUUUUAAAUUAAAUCUAAUUAAAUUAAUGGAGUGUCACCUAAUCUAAGCAGGAAUCCAACACCUUAGCAGUAAAAAUAAAAUAAAUAGUAUAGGAAAAGUCCAAUACCACUACCUUUUCACUCAAGAAGAUUUAUGUAUAAAAGUAAUAAUGAAAAUAACAUAAAUAAUGAAUAAAACAAUUUAAACGGCUAAUUAAAUUAAAAUACCUACAAUUUAUAAUCAGAAGAACAAUCAAAUAAAGAUAAUUUAAACUUAACACAAUAUAUACAACCUAAUUUAUAAUAGCAUACUCGCUUUCAAAAUAACUAACCUUCUAAUAAUAACUUCUAAAAUAGUAAUAGUAGCUUGGCAAAUAAUAGUAUUAGAGUCCCAACUAAGAAAUUAAGUUAAGACUAAAUUGAAAAUAAUGAAAAUGAUACUAAUAAACUAGAAAAUUUUAAGAUCAAUCCUAAUUAGAUAUCUUUACCUUCAACAAAUAGAAAUAGCUAAAAUCAAUAAAUUAUAACUACUCCUCCAAUAAAUUAACAAAAUGUAUAAAGUAUUGGCAGUACAUCUUAAGUUCCACAAAGUAAUAUGGCUUUGGUUAACUUGAAUGAAUUAAAUAACUCAAGUUUUCAUUAAUAACAGCCUAACUCAUCUUUUAACCAUUCAUUUAGAAGCAAUAACAUGAACGCAACGAAGGUAGCUAACUUUAGAAAGUUAUCUUCUUCAAAUAAUAACAGCCCAGAUCAUAAAUCUUCAACAUAAAACUAUUUCAAAAAUGGGCUUCAAAACGGUAAUUAGAAUAAUUAAAUCAAUAAAAUACCUAUACAAUAAUAUUCAACUCCAAAAAAUCCUUAAGACCUAGGCAUUUUAUCCUCAAAAAAGAAGAAUACGUUUAGCUUUUACGACAAUAACUCAAAUAAUAAUCAACUAAACAAUUCAAUUAUUAAAAGUCCUUAUGCAAAUUUUUUACCUUCUCUGAAGGAUAAAACAUAAAAGUUUACAUUACCAAAAAAAGGGAUUUACAGUCACCAUAACCAAGAAGUUUCAAAUACAGAAGGCAAUUCUCCAGUGAAUUAAAACUAAAAUAACUUUGUUUUUACUGAAGUAACUAUUGAUGGAUACUUAAAUUAAGACCUUGUCCUAAACUAAAACCAUUAAAACUAAGAGUCUGAUUAGUUUAAGUUGAAUCUUUAAAAAGCAAGAAACACAGUGAAUUCCAAAGAUAACCCUACAGCAAUUUAGGCAGUUCACCCAAGAGACCAAAGAUCAUUUUCAAUGGCUGAACAAAGAAGAAUUCAGACUGAAUAAUCAGCUGAUACUUAUUUACAGUAAAAAAAAAAAUAAACUAUUUAAUAAAUUAAUAAUACAACUUGGCUAACUCCUAAAGAGUUAGAUCCAAUAUAAAAAUUAUAAAAUCCCAUAAAGUCUAUUUCAAUAAAAACAUAUGAGAAAAAGACUCCAAAGUACUUUAAAAAUGUAUUAAGAAAAGAACCACUUUUUUAACAAUAAUAAUAAUUAACAAAUAUCACUUUGUCUUGA